GGCAACCCCCCGAAUUCCUCAAAUGACAUAGCACAGCGGUUCCUCUACAUGAGCGGCGGGUGGCGCGAUGAAGCUCGUCAAAGAAUACUUUGCGGCUCUGCGAGCUCUGCCGACCAUCCUGCCACGCUUGGUAUUCCGCAAACGCACUCUGGAGGAGCAGCUGCAAGAGGCCAUGCUGCGCGGCAGCCUGCGCAAGGCCUUUGGGGGCUUUGACGUCCUCUGCUUGGGCCUGGGCAUCCUGAUCGGCAGCGGAUGGGCUCAGUUCACCGGCACGGCGGGCGUGUAUGCAGGUACGGCGGUCAUCAUCAGCGUGAUCAUCGGCGGCCUCACGGCGCUGAUUUCUGGGGCCUGCUACGCCGAGCUCUGCGUGGAGUUCCCCGUCUCCGGGGGCUCCUUCUCAUACGUGAUGAUCACCUUUGGCGAGUUUGCGGGCUUCGUCACGGUGGCCAGCUUGAUCCUGGAGUAUGUGGCGGGGAUGGCGCUGGUGGCGCGCGGCUUCUCAACCUACCUCGCCCGCCUCUGCAACCAGCCACCCGACUUUUUCAGGGUUGGCCCAGAGACGGUGGCGGGAGGGCAGUUUGAUCUCAUGGCGCUUGCGAUCGUGCUGAUCAUCUCGGCUGUGAUGACUCUAGGCAUGCGGGAGAGCGCCCUCAUCACCACCUACACGACUGUGGUGAAGGUGGUGCUGCUGGUGGUGGUGGCCAUUGUGGGGUACACCGCGGGCAGCGCCAGCAACAUGGAGCCCUUCCUGAACCCGCUCUGGGAGGAGGACGGCGUCUUCCUGGGCUCCUCCAUCCUCUUCUUCUGCUACGUGGGCUUCGACGCGCUGGGCACGGCGGCAGAGGAGGUGAAGAACGUGAACCACAUCCCGUGGGGCAUCGUGGGCAGCAUCACAGGCGCGGGGCUGUUGUACUUCAUGCUGGCGCUGGCCAUGGUGCUGAUGACCACGCCCAACAUCUCCUGCCCCUACCCGUCCUUCUUCUCCGGCCUGGGCCGCGUCAACUUCAUCACAGUCUUCGAUGGAGUGGGCCUGCAUUGGAUGCAGUACGUGACGUCGGUGGCGGCGCUGCUGGGCAUAGUGGCAGCACUCAUUGUGGGCCUCUUCUCGGUGUCGCGCGUCGUCAUGGCGGCCAGCCGGGACUGGCUGCUGCCGCCCUUCCUGGCCCGCGUGUCGCCGCGCACGCAGACGCCCGUGCUGGCACAGACAGUGCUGGCGGUUGUGAUCGCCGUGUCUGGCAUGGUGGUAGACAACAACAACCUGCAGCCGCUAGUGUCGUUUGGCACGCUCAUGGCGCUGUGGCUGGUGUGCAACGCCAUGCUGUACCGCCGCUACGUCCCCGACGUGCAAGUGCGGGCCACGAGGCACGGGGCGAUAGAGACCGUGGCCAGGAGCGACAGCCAUUGGACCAUGCCGUGGCGGCGGCACCUGCACUUGUCGUUGCGGGCGCGCCGGAUCCUGGUUUGGACGCACCUAGGAGUGCUUAAUGCGAUCUGCGUAGCCCUAGCCGCUUUCUACCAGGCCAAUGCCGUAGUGAUCCCAGAUGCCCCCAUCUUCCCGCCCGAGGAGGAAUGCAAGUCUGGCACCGGGGAACCGCAGCACACCGACGGGCCGGAGUGGUUCCUUAUAGGCUGGGCGCUGGUCACGCUGUCGCUCCAGUUCUGGUGCCCCCUGGAAUACGAACCAGCGGGCUGGCGCAUCCCCUUCUGGAUGAUGCCCUGGUUGCCCUCCCUCGCGCUGCUGCUGCUCGUCUUCAGGCAAGCCGCCGCCCGGCGCUUUCUGCGCGGGCUGGCUGGGCACGCCACGCGGGUCGCGCUGCACAGAAUCGCUGUCCAGUAUCUCAAUGUGGCGGCGCUGCCCAAUAGCGGGUACUGGAAUAUUGGGAUCUUCUACGGCGGCGCCCUGGCUUUCUACCUCGUCUUCUCCUUGCCCAUGAGCUACGUGAAGCACAGCCGGGUGGACUAUGCCAGCAACGAGGACCUCAAGUAA